GUUUGUCAGUACAGCAUUCUGAGCAGUCUUACAGCUCCUAAAAAAAUACAAAAACUACAUACAAUCAGCAUCAUGAAAACCUCUGUGUUCUUUGGACUUCUGGCUUGCCUUAGCUUGGUCAAUGCAAGAGUGACUGUGUUGGAUUCCUCAUUCAACUCUACUGUGGAAGAAAUUAGGAAAGUGUUAGAACAAUUUGAUCCAGCAACAGUUAAGGAUGUUUCUUUUACUUUGCUUAACCAAAUCACCUUUACUCUUAAAUCCGCUUCGCUUUCAAAAUUCUCCAAUUUCGCUUUCACAACAUUAUCAAAUGAUGGCGAAAACAUUAGGGCCAAAUUCAGUCAUCCAGAAGUUGAUGCUGUUAUAGACAGUCUUAAAAUUAGUAGCAAAUUGUUGGGAAUUGAUGCUGGUGUUCCCAAUCUAGAAGCAUCAGUGGGAGGAUUAACCAUUGACGUAUCUCUUUCGUACUCUACUACACCUCUCAGAUUAACAUCCCUUAGCGCACUGGCUCAAAUUGCUGAUGCAUCUGUAAAAGGAACAGCAAGUCUCAAUGGUAACAUCAUUGACAUCUCAGUUGGCGAAGAAGUCGUCGCUGUAAUUAACAAGAAGGCUGUGGAACAUCAAGACAAAAUCAGUGCCGUAAUAAUGAAAGUUGCUAACAAAAUUUUGACUGUUGUACACCCUAACUCUCACUAAACAGUACAUGAUUAUUAAUAAUAACAGUAUCCAUAUAAUUUCAACAUUGUUCAACAUUCAUUAAAAUCUGUGCUAAUCAGGGUGAAAACGUUUAUUUUUACUCUGCAAGUAGCGCAGACUCUUCAUUCAACUAUUAGUGUGAAAUACUUGUUUCUAUUUAAAAUGUAGAAAUAAUGUUAUUUUAUUUAAGGAUUUUAAU